AACAAACAAAGAAAGAAAAAUAAAAAUCGCACGUUUCUCUCUUUUCUUCUCGCGACAAAUCUGAUUAGGGUUUUUGAGAAUCUUCAUUGUGAUUUCGAAAUUCUCUACACCUUUUGUUUGAUUUCACGCUUUUGGAAUCAUCUGUAAGUCAUGAUUUCUGAUUCGAUCACCAACGCUUCUGCUACUGCAGCUCCCAGCGCGAGGGAUUUCGCAAAAAAGAAAAGGACGAACAGGUCAGCCAAAUUGAAACAGAGCAAGCUAGGUCUCCGCCGUGAGCAAUGGCUUUCUCAAGUUGCGAUGAUUAACAAAGGAGGGGAUAAGGAGGAAAUGGAUUCCAAUCGAAAAACUGGAAGUGAGAAACCUGAUCAGAGAGAUCGUCCGGUGGAGAAUUUAGAUGGUCAGGGUAGAGAAGAAGAGGAUAACAGUGGAACACAUGGUCAUGAGAGCUUUAUGGAGUCGCUUUCGAAUAGCCCUAACAGUAUUCUGAGUGGCAUGAAUUCGAUCCCCAAUUUCAGCAGCAGCAGUAGCAGUGGGAGUGGUGGCUCUUGCUCUGGUAAUAUAACAGAGGAAGAGGAUGCUGAUGAUGACGAGUGUUUGGACGAUUGGGAGGCUUUUGCUGAUGCUUUAGCAGCUGAUGACGAAAAGCACGAGAAAGAGAAUCCUCCUGAGUCCUGCGAAGAGCAUGAGAAUGUUAUCAAGCAAUCAGCUUCUCCUAGGGAUUCAAUCAGUGGAUCUGAUGUGGCUGUAAGGGAUGCAAAGCUGGAUUGUCCGAGAACAAUGUCGAGGAAGCAGAAGAGUAAUCAGGCAUGGAGGCCAGAUGAUAAGCUCCGCCCUCAGGGUCUGCCGAAUUUGGAAAAGCAGCGUAGUUUUCCGGUCAUGAACAUGCAUUUUAGUUCAGUGGCAGUGCCAUCUUCAUGCCCUAUUUGCUACGAAGAUCUGGACUUGACAGAUUCUAAUUUCUUACCAUGCCCUUGUGGAUUCCGGCUCUGCCUUUUCUGCCACAAGACGAUUUGCGAUGGAGAUGGACGUUGUCCAGGUUGCAGAAAGCCAUAUGAAAGGAACACAGUCAAGGUUGAGGCUAGUGUUCAAGCUGGUGGUCUGACUAUUCGGCUUGCUCGUUCGACUAGCAUGUUUUGCAGGUCAUGAAGAAAGAGGAUGUGGCGUUUCUCGGACUGUGUCUGUUUGUUUUCUACUCUUUCUUUUUCAAUCCUCGCAUGUUCUAAGUUUUUAACCUGUCUUUAAAUACUCUUUAGAUAUGGGUAUAGGAUUUGUCUUUUGGCACCUGAGAACUAUGUUCCAUGUUCUUCUAUGUCAAUGACUCUUCUUCGUAUGAAAACAUGUAGUGGUGGUGGUUAUGUAGAGUGGUGUGUGAGUACAUAGGGUGGUACACGAAUGUCAAAUACAUAAAGUUGCAAUAAGUCUCUUUUCCAUUGCCUCCGAGAACCUUGCUACUCUGUCAUAUGAAUGUUAUAUCGUUUUACUUGAUU